AUGGCGUUCACGUUUGCUGCGUUCUGCUAUCUGUUUGCUCUGAUCGCCGUUGCAUUCUGCGUCUUCUUCGCCAUAUUCACGGUUAUCUCAAUCGAUGAACUGAAGACGGAUUAUAAGAAUCCCAUAGAGCAGUGUAGAGGUCUGAACCAGGUAGGUGCUGCCUGCAUUGGCUUUUUAUUUGUAUUUAAGGGUAAGCAAAAAUGCGACUAG